UCAAUGAAUAAUAAAAGAGUAAUUAUUAUUGGUGGAGGUUGGUAUGGUUGUCAUCUUUCCUUGGUGCUUCGUCAAAUGGGAUUUGAGGUUACAAUUUUAGAAAAGAAUGCCAAAAUUUUUGACGAAAUUUCAGGUAGUUUUGGUAUGCGAAAUCAUGUAGGAUUACAUUAUCCCCGUUCGGAAUCCACUCAAAAGGCUUGCUUAGAAGGGUUGAUUUAUUUACAUGAGACUUAUCCUGAUUUAAUAAUAUCUCAUGAAUAUGCUAUCUACGGAGUUGGCACUUAUGACUCACAUGGCAAGCCUUCAAAAGUCUCUCCGAAAGAAUUUAAACAAGUUUUUGAAAAAUUAAAAUGUUGGCUAAAAAAUAAUGGACAUGAGGAGUUUCUAGAAAAGUGGAAAGAAAUUGAUCCUCAAGAAUAUGGUUAUGAAAAUUUACUUUACGCUGUUGAUGUCUAUGAACCCAGUAUGGCAGUGGGUGAAUUAUUAAGAGAAAGAUUUCAUACUUGGUUAACAGAAGCCGGUGUAAAUAUUCUUUGUAAUAAUAAAGUUAUUAAAGUAGAAAAAUGCGAUCAAAACAUUAAAGUUACCAUCUCCAAUAGUGAAAUUCAAAUCGCUGAUCAUGUAAUUAAUGCUACUG